GGAUCACUUACAGGCCCAUCAAACAUGGAAACUUCAGUACUGAAUAACAUGGUUUCGCGCCGUCCUGUCAAACCACACCGUAACCAUCGGCUGGUUGGACGCAUGUAUGCAUAUAGUGUCCCUUUGCAACUCAUGGGAAGCCCCAGUCGCACUGUGCCAUUUUGCAACUGCUCUCAUGGGUUACACCCUCUCACACACAUGCGAUAAUAUGAACUGACCUCUUGUUACUGCGGAAUCUGCCAGUAAACCAUCCACCAGCAGCUGUUAGGCCGCACAAUAAAAGGCCGCCGAAUUGUGUUUUUCAUAGCUCACCAAUAACCUUCGAUUGCCCUCGGCUUUUGCACGGCAUCACGGAUCCUGAAAACUCUCUCUUCUGGUACCCACCACCCAAAGGUCGCCUACAGCUCGCUCGAGAAUAUCAGAAUGGCUUCAGGCGGUACUGGGUCCUUUGACCCUCUAGUCGUUGCAGCUCAACGGCCGAACUUCCAAAUUGGACAGCACGACUCAAGGAGACAGGCCCCUCUGUCUGACUUGCAAUAUGGCUAUCUGCUUAACCAAGGAAUUAACUUCGUCACGACUCCCAUCACCAAUGAAAACUUCAGAAAACGCGUCUUCGCCUUGGUAGAGAAGCACCUCUCCCUGCUGCGAGACUCAGAGAAAUCGGGGACGACCACCUCUACCUCAGCACUGGCUGAGCCUGUUCUGCCGCCUCUCACCCCUGAGGAUACCAGCGUCUUUCCUAGUGCAUCUGUGAACACGUACACGGGCUUCAUCAGCCCUUGGAUCGACCUCGCCUCUCCUAACCCCAUCAUCGCGAGCAUCUCUCGGCAGGUACUGAACCUUGAGAUCAACUAUGCCAAUUUCACUGGCCUGAGAUCGCUCGUUCUGCCAGGCCCAUUGCGAGAUGCGUCAAAGAAUGGCGGUAACCAAGGCCUUGCCCAGUACUCUCGCGCUGUCCGUGAGGCACUUACCGUGGGGAGUCGGUUGACUUUCUUGGUUCACAUGCCCAUGUAUCGCGAACCUGGGGCGGAGCAGACCGAGUCGCUGUCAUCGCUCGACAAGAACUUGCCGUCCCAAGAAGCCGAGAAGGAUGUGGACAUCUACACAUCCUGGGACUCCUGGAAUCACAUUCGUGGCAUAUGUGACUAUAACCUGCGACUGUUUGUUGCUCUCCAGAUGCCCAGGAAACUACCGGAAAAGAACUUGCAAGACCGAUGGUUCGCUGAGCCUCUUCACUAUCUGACCCUGUGUCCUCAAGUUUUCCAAAAGAACCAGAGUGGGUACCCUAGUCUCACGAAACACCACCAGCAGCUCAUCUUCGAUUACAUGCGCUUGAAGAAUUACCCGUGGCUGUUGCUAUGCGAUGUUGGACCCGAUGUGUCCGGCAUUGACACGCUUGCUGGGUCCCUCGCCGACAAGGGCGUGGACACGUCUUCCAAAGACCAGUUCCCUAGCCUGUCCGAGGCUCAGAAUGCCCCUCAGCCCUCCUUUAGCACAAAGGCACCCAGUGACCAUGUGGACUACAUCAAAUGGCUCGAGUCACAACAGCCACCUCUAACGUACCUCGAAUCGGACACGCUCACCAGCUUCCAGGACUGGCUCCAAUCACCUCUACAGCCGUUGUCCGACAACCUGGAGUCCGCGACGUAUGAGGUGUUUGAAGGAGACCCAGUGAAAUAUGAACAGUACGAGUUUGCUUGCAUAGAAGCACUUUCGGAGUGGAAGGAACUGAAGAAACCAACUUCGAAAGAAGGCGUGGUCGUUAUAGCCGUGGCUGGGUCUGGCAGAGGCCCCCUGGUCACCCGCGCCCUUCGAGCUGCUGAAGCGACCGGCGUUGCAGUUGAGGUCUGGGCGGUCGAGAAGAACCCCAACGCAUAUGUGUAUCUGUUGCGCAUGAACGAGACCGUGUGGGAGGGAAAAGUCAAUGUCGUCAAGACUGACAUGCGAGCCUGGAAGGGGCCGGUGAUCUCGAGCACGGCGGAGACUGGACCGGUAUAUGGCAAGGUCGACAUCCUCAUCUCCGAAUUGCUCGGUUCCUUUGGCGACAAUGAACUGUCACCCGAGUGCCUGGAUGGUAUCCAGCAUGUCAUGGCCAAGCCUCAUGGCAUUUCGAUUCCAAGCGCCUACACCGCUCACUUCAGUCCGAUUGCGACGCCGAAGCUGUACGCUGACAUCUUGUCACGGUCUGCAACGGACGAGAUUGCUUUUGACACACCGUGGGUUGUCCACCUAUAUGCCCUCCACUUUGUCUCGCAGAAAGUGCCUGGCCAUGCGCGCAUCCAAGAGGCUUGGGAAUUCACGCAUCCAAUCCCAGAGGAUACCCUCCAGUCUGUCGAGGCAAAGCGCUCAGGCGGCGUUGUUGGUGGUGGUGGCGGCAGCAUGGCUGGAGCAGCCGGUGCGAAUGAUCACAACUCGCGCUACUGCCACCGAACAUUCGUAUGCCCAACUCGCGGUGUGAUGCAUGGUUUGGCAGGGUAUUUCGAAUCGACGCUAUAUGAGUCGCAGACAGAGGUGACACGGGGUCAGAAAGUUGAGAUCAGCACACACCCUGAUUACAUUGAGCAGAAGAGUAAGGACAUGAUCUCAUGGUUUCCCAUCUUCUUUCCCCUCAAGAAACCUCUUUACUUCCCUGGCGAUACUGAGCUUGAGAUCAGCAUGUGGAGGCAGACUGAUGAUACCAAAGUUUGGUACGAGUGGCUCGUUGAGGCGUGGACAUGGGUUGGCCCAUCGUCAAGGAUUAAAGUAGCCUCGUCUGAGCUAUGUAGCAGCCGCAAGGUAGCUUGCUUGAUGUAGGCAGUCAUGGAUGAAUGAAGAACAUUGAAGCCCGGGUCUUCGGCUUGAAGCUUUCCGAAUUGGUGCCUUAGUUUUUCCCUGCCAUCAAAGGCCGAUAUC